CUAGCCUCGACUCUUCCUGGAAAUAAAGAAAGAAAUCAUGGUAGCUAAAAACAGAAAACCGACCGGGAAGAGUCCAGCGACUCAGGCUGACCGCGACAAAAGCCCGCUUGUUUCGCCCCCUGGUAAAAGUAAGGCGAGGCGACCAGGCAGAGAAGGCAAAGCUUUCAACAGCUCUCAUCCAAACGGACUCUCAGGCGUCAGACACAAGCUUGGGCUAAGUCCCUCUGCAGUCGGGAAGCUGGGAAUCACUCUUCUCCUCGCUGCGCUGACUGGAUAUCUACACUGGUAUCAUCUGUCACAUCUGUUUGAGAAUGACAGACACUUUUCACACUUGUCUAACCUGGAGAAAGAAAUGGCCUUUCGAACAGAAACGGGGUUGUACUAUUCCUAUUACAAAACCAUUAUUGAGGCCCCCUCUUUCCUGGAUGGCCUCCACAUGGUCAUGAAUGAUCGGCUAACAGAGUAUCCCCUGGUUAUUAACACGCUGAAGAGGUUUAACCUCUACCCAGAGGUGGUUCUGGCCAGCUGGUACCGAAUGUACACAGGUGUAAUGGGCUACUUUGGGAUUCCCACAAAGAUGUGCUGGUCAAUCAACAGAGGAGAGGGACUCACUCCAGUGGACAGCUGUGAAGGUACAGACUGUCGCCAUGGAGUAACUCGCUCUGUGCUGUCUUGCUCUGAUGGGGACCACAAAGGAAAGGAUCCAUUUUCAUGGAUGACCUUUCAGAUUCUGUUUCACUCUGCCUCUCUCAUCGUGCAUCCCCACGUCUUACCAUUUUUUCCUUCUAGUGGCAGCUGGCUGGGCGGUGUUGUUACCACCAUGUGUUUUUUCUUCAAUCAUGGCGAGAGCACUCGUGUGAUGUGGACUCCACCGCUGAGGGAGAGCUUUGCCUACCCAUUCUUAGUCCUGCAGAUGCUUCUUCUCACCUACGUUCUCCGGACACCGACACCGAGCAGGACAGCCAUGGUUGCUCUGGGCAUCUCCAAUUUGUGCUUUAUGCUGCCCUGGCAGUUCGCCCAGUUUGUGCUGCUCACACAGGUGGCUUCUUUGUUUGCUUCGUACAUCCUGGGUUACCUCAGAGCCAUCAAGAUGCAGUCCAUCCUGGUCACUCAUAUGAUAACGCUUAGUUUCUGCUUCAUCCUAAUGUUUGGUAACUCCAUGCUCCUCACGUCCUUCUACGCCUCCUCGCUCGUCUCCAUUUGGGCGAUCAUUGCACUGAGGGAUCGAUUUGCUCAAGUCUUCAAAUCAGGCAUCGUCCUCUGGGUCAUGCAGGGUUUGGCUUGGGUCGGCUCCACAAUUCUGCUCAAAUUCAUGCUGUCCACAGUCUUCGGUGCCUCUGAUGAUGCUCACAUCAGUGGACUGAUCAAGUCCAAAUUCACCAGCUACAAGGACUUCCACACUCUAAUGUACACGUGUGCUGCUGAAUUUGACUUAAUGGAGCUGGAGACUCCUGUUCGAUACCUCAAAACACUGCUGCUGCCCAUCAACGUGCUGGUGGUUGCGCUCAUUGCUUGGAGGACUGUCCGGGACGUAGUUCGUUUCCUGAGGGACGACGGGAAGGCAUCUGUCAAGAGUGACGAUGUCGAUGAAGCUGCAGGGACUGAAAUAGCAGCCAGAGGAGAGUUGGUGUAUCACAGUCUGCAGCUGGUGGCGUUUGCUGUCCUGGCCGUCCUCAUCAUGCGUCUGAAGCUCUUCCUGACGCCCCACAUGUGCAUCAUGGCUUCACUGAUCUGCUCCAAACAGUUGUUUGGCUGGAUCGGGCAGACGUUUAAGCAGCAGAUUGUGGUAUUUGCGGUCAUGACAGCCAUGGCCAUACAGGGAGUGGCCAACCUGCAGGCCCAGUGGGCGAUCAUCGGAGAGUUCAGCAACCUGCCGCAGGAGGAGCUGCUGGACUGGAUUCAGGACAACACCCACCCAGAUUCAGUGUUUGCCGGGGCCAUGCCCACCAUGGCCAGUGUGAAGCUUUCUACAGGUCGGCCCAUUGUCAACCACCCCCACUAUGAAGAUGCAGGUCUGAGGGAGAGAACCAAGCUGGUGUACUCCAUGUACAGCCGCAUGUCUGGAGAAACCGUGAAGAGGAACCUAAUGAAGCUGGGAGUGGAUUUCUUCAUCCUGGAGGAUUCCUGGUGCACCAGACGAACCAGGCCUGGGUGCAGCAUGCCAGAGAUCUGGGACAUUGAGGACCCCCAAAAUGCUGGUAAAAUUCCCCUCUGUACCCACAUGUCCAAGACCGCACGACCCCACUUUACUACAUUGUUUUCCAAUGACAUUUACAAAGUUCUCAAAGUCCCCAAAGUCACCAAAGCUCACAGAUAGCAUCAUGGGAUGGAGUGGUCCUCCACCAAACUUCUUUUUUCCUCCACUUCUAUUGUAUAUUUUGCCUUUGCUGCUUUUUACUCCCUUUUCUUGCGGUGCUCUGAUUCACUCAGCAGUGGACUAAUAAUAGUUUGGUGCACCAAAACAAUCUGCCAUGAGUCUUUUCACUCUUGGUGCCCUCACUAUUUGUGACUUAAAGAAAUAUCCAGUUCCACAUAUUUCACCAACAAACCUUUCUGCAGCGUCCUUGUCAUCCAGCAACAUUCUCAUUGCGCUGCUGUCAGCGCACAAGUGAAAGUGAAAAGGUGUCGUAGCUCUGCUCUUUCAGUUUUUGCCUUUGUUUUGUUACAUUGGGUCCUUACUUUAGGAGAUUCCAUUCAUACAACAGUAUUGCUUUUUAUAAUAUUAAAUCAAUUUUUUACUUAAGCUUAAGAAGUCUGGAAGGCCCAGUCGAUGAUGUCCACAUACUGUGAAGCAAUAUCCUUUGCAAACUUGGCUAAAGCUGACUUCUUCUGUUGUUAUGCACAGUGUUCGGCUUAAAAAAAUCCAUAGUACACUAUUUUUUUAUAAUUUAUUUGUGUGACUGUUUUUAUGCAAAUUUUAAGAUGUAUAACCUGAACAGUGUUUUAAGAGUCGUGGGUGUCACAAGGGAAAUUCUGUUGUUCUUUGGAUGUUUUUGAAAAACAUAUCAUUCAGCAUCGGUGUCUAGAGUGAAUUCACUCAAGAAUAUUUUUAACUAAAUUUCACAGUUUAAAUUCAGCUGUAAACUGGCAGAAAAAGGUUUUUAUGGCAAAACACGAUAAAUGAAUCAAAGAGAUUUCCCCCUGACUAAAACACCAGUGUACAGCCUUUAAAAGUUUUCAUGUUUCUUCAGUUACUGUUUGUUGCCAAAGUCUUCUUACUGGAGCUGUGUAUCUGGGGUACUGGAGCGCAUGUAAGAUGUUUGUAGCGACUGAAAACCAUCUGUGAGUUCUGUAAUGGCCAAUCCAUUUGUAGCAGUGAAUUUUAUAUCAAAAGUAGCAGUUAUUGUUUUUUUGGUUCAGGCCACAUUAAUGACUUGAUGUUUUGAGAAAUAUGUUUAUUGAUCUCUUUUUCCUUUAUGUGUGAUGCUGUGACAAGGUGACAGUUAACUUAGCUUAGCACGAAGACUGGUUCUGUUCAAUGGUAAAAAAAAACAUGAAGCUCACUAAUUAACACUUUCAUAGCCUCUGACAACCUCACAGUGACGACAAGACUCCAACCUGCACAUAAUCAGUCAAUAAAACUGCUACUUGGCAUUUUUUGCACUGCAGUUGUACUUAAUUAGCCAUCUUUAGCUGUGGUGGAAGAAGUACUCAGAUUAUUUACAGAAGAACAAAUAUCACUACCACAAUGUAAAAAUACGCUGUUACAAGUAAAAGUACUGUAUUCAAAAUGUUACCUAAGUAACAGUACAAAAGCAUUAGCACCAAAACACACUUAAAGUACCAAAUACAAGUAGUCAUUGUGCAUAACUGCACAGUUCACCUUAUUGUAUAUCAUAUUAUUGGAUUAUAAUUAUUGGUGGUCAUCACUUUAUUGUUGCAGAAGCUAAUGGUGGAGCUAAUGUCACUUGGCUUACAGCAUAUGGCUAACAUCUGAAAUGCUGUUGGGUAGUUUGUGAAUUUCUCACCGAGGAUCAAUAAAGUCUUUAGAAGUUGAUUGAAAGUAGCAGUGCAGUAAAAGGUGCAAUAUUUGCCUCUGAAAUGUAGUGAUGUUGAAUUAUGAAGUAGCAAAAAAUGAAAAUACUCAGGUACAGAUGCCUCAAAAUUGUACCUGAGUAAAGGUACUUGGUUACCUUCGACCUUCAAACAGUUCCAGGCCAUCUCUGUACAGAUUAACUAUGGUUUGUUACACCACUAGAAAUAGUACUCAUUCAUUUUUGUGCCAACUGUUACAUGGGAAGAUUAAUGCCACUCUCCUGUCUGGAUAUGGACCUACAUCCAGCAGGUGGUAGACUGGACACAGUCACACUAAGCUCCAUCAAGAUAAUUCAAAGACGCACCAAACAAGACCUGUGCAAGUUAAAAAACAAGCCCUGGUUUUAUGGUGCAUUACGUGUGGGGCUGUUUCUUGGCUGAGCUCAGCCACAGAAGCUCUUUGUGAAAUGUCUGUGUCAAAGUGUCAUCUCCCUAAUCUUAUUUUGAUGCUCAAUCACUGUGACUACUCGUUACUGUUCCUGGCCAAUAAACAGUCGCACACAUAAACCACAUUUUAAACAACUGAGAGAUCCAGUAACAUGUUGAUUAGUGAACUUCACAGGUGCCAGGUUUGUGGCUUCCCCUUGAUUCCAGUCUUUUUGCUAAGCUAGGCUACCUGUUGUUAACUCACAGAUAAAAUCUCCUCAUGUAACUCUUGGCAAGAAAGCGAAUAAUAGUAUUUCCCAAAAUGUCCAUCUAUUCGUUUAAGAGAGGCGCCACCAUGUUGGAAACAAACAUUAUUGCCUCUUCCUCUCUGCUCCCUCUUGCUCCUGUGGGAGCAUGAAUUUAAAUCACUGCCACAAAGACGUGGCAGGCGAUGUUCAACAUGGGAGCACGUCUUUCACAGUUAUUGGUAAUUACCUGCCAAAAGUUCCAUGAUGGGUGGCAUUUCUUUUAAGAAAGCUGUUUCUCUUGGCUUUAAUGUAUUUAUAAUGUAAAGGUCUUGUAACAGGUUGAAAAUAUUGGUUUAGACAAACCUUGGGAUAGAUGAUUUGACUGACUGAGCAUCAAUAUGAGAUUAGUGAGAUGACGCUUGACACAUUGGCAUUUCAGAAAAUGUCUGAUGAGAUUAAAUGUGUGGGAGUGAGCGGUUGAGCAAAUCAUGCAUGGAUUUAAUCUGCUGCAUCUUGUGCAUUGGAUUUCAGAGCUGUUAGGAGCUAAAGUUAUGAAGACUGAGGUUUGACUGUGUAGGUGUGAUCUUGUGAGUCAAGUGCCUGUUUUUAAGGAUUGUGGCUGUUGUCACACUUCCCCAAAACAAGCUCACAUAAAUAGUGUAUUGCUGUUGCAGCCCUAGUUGUGAUGUGGAGUUGUCUUUUAUAAUGUUUGUCUGCAUUGUAAGAAAAAAAAAAGGCAUCAGCACUAUUGCUUUUUUUUAUUA